UUGUGCCAGUGUGAUCAGGUUGUAUCAAGGUUGUGUUUGACGUCAGCGUGUGGUAGCAGGUGUAGUUUGCUAGCAGCCAGGCUAGCUUUAGACACUGUGCCAACACAUCAGCAACUAUGGCUUUGCUGUUUUGGUUUGGCAUGGCCUUUGUGUUGUUGCCUGCGAAAUCGGACGACAUCCCAGACGGAGCUCACAGUACGGAGUGUCGUGAGUGCUACUUCGUGGUGACUGUUGACGUCUCGUUCACUGGAGAGGAACUUCACUUUGAGGCCGUCGAUGAAACGGGCGUGUACCCCAUCACUCAGCAGUAUUCAGCCAAGUGUGGCUACACUGUCAGUGUUCUCCCUCAAAGCCGCCAAGUGGAGCUCCGAGCCUCCUACUUCAGCUGUCACACUCACAACAAAGAUGAUGACGUUUUCACAUUCAACUUCAACCUGAUUUCAAACCAUGAAGGAAAGGAGGUCACCUAUGCCUUGAAGAAAACCUGUACUCCCUCUCUGCCCUGGUCUCCCAGGGAAGUUACCUGUGAGACCAACUACAUGGAAGUGUCUGUGAGCAGUGAGUUGGCCUGUCCAUCUGGAGAGACGAGUGAUGAUUGGAAGCCUGCUCCAGCUGCUCCAGACUGGCAGGUGAUGUUUCACAGAGCGGAGGAGCCGUUGACACCCAUGAACCUCUCUGUAGCUCGUGAGCAGGGCUACUCGAUUGACAUGACGGAGAGACGUAUUGUAUUUCGUACGCCAUAUGGACAACCUCACUCAUCCAGUCUGGAGGUGAACGGUGUUCCAGUCGAGGUCGUCCACGCAACUCUGUUCUCCAAACAAAGCUGGGUUUUCAUCAUUGUGGACCUCGUGGCUGCUUGCUCCAUGCAUGAAGGAUCGUAUCAUGACAGUGGAUACAUGGUGUGGGAGACUCCUGAACUGCCGAACCCGCUGCAGUCUGGUCUGAACAACACACAGGUCAACAUCGGGGUCGGGGGUGAACUUGUGCAGCAGCCCGCUGCAGAGGAGAGGGGCUUCAUUGUGGAGAAGCACAACGGCAGAGUGGAGAUCAGCAUCCCCUAUAAUGCUGAAGGAGGAUACAGGAAGAGCUUUGUGUCUGGUGGCCUCUACGAGUUUUACGUCUUCAACCUCUACUUGGAGCAAAUCUUUGUGACUAAGGAUCACGAAAAGACCAGACAGAGGUAUCACAGGACGCUGGCCAGUGCCUUGCUGCCGCUCCACGUCUUCACUGUAGACCAAACUGUUGAUGAAGAGCCCACGUUCAGCGUCUACCUCGGCGACGUCCCUGAUGACAUUGAGCUGUCUGCAGUCGAGCUGAAUGGCCACAGGUGUGACGCUCCCUUUAAAAAUACCAGCGGCCACAGCGUCAUCGAAGUCUUUCAUCCCAACAACACCCAUGGCUACACUCUGAAGGUGCCUUUCGAUGACCCUGUUGUCCUACAUCAGUUCUCUAAAGAAGAUGAAGCUAUGAAGCACAUACUGGAAGUCAACUACACACUGACCAUUCUGCCUGAGAAUGAGCCGUAUUUCCACCUGACCUCAGUCAUGGCACUAUCGGACGUCGCUCCUCCAGAGAUUGACACAGUCUGUUCCGAAUCUGGAAUCCUCUUCAAACUGGACCACCGGCCUUUCGACUACCUGUGGCACAUCAGUAUCGGCUCUGACCUGCUGACGCCAGAACUGGCAACCCAGCAGGGCUACAUCCUGACCAACGAUAGCCAGAGUCUGCGGCUCGAGGUGCCGCUCUUCACUCAUGGAUACGUGUACGAGGACUUUAGUUUGAAGGGCUUCACUGGUACUUUUGAGAUGUUGGUGAAGGAUCGUGAAACAUCAGAGGUCCUGAGUUCAGCCGUCAAGACUUGUCCAUUCACUGCUACUGAAUUUAUAGUGUGUUCCAGUGACGGCAAGAUGACUGUGGUGGCCGACUUGUCUCUGGCCAGCCUGGGUGGAGGAAUCCCUGCUAGAUCCAACCUCCUGAGCACGUACUGUGGACCCAAAGAAGCAGACGACACCAGGGCUCUGUUCUCUUUCCCCCUCAACAGCUGUGGAUCCACAGUCAAGCUUUUCAAGGAGAGGGUGACCUAUCAAAAUGAGAUUAUCUACAGCAAGAGGCACUUCAGUGAGAGCAAGGUGGAUUCAGAGCCGAUUACCGAGAGGUUGAUAGUGCAGUGUGUGUACCCUCUGGCUGGGCUGCACCGCCUCUUCUCUGUGCACAAGUUUGAGUCUGACACGCCCGGUGUCGGCAAAAUCCUACACACUUCCCAGUCCACCGCAGAAUCUCAAGAGACCACCACCGUCAAGCCGAGUACAGAACGCCGAACCACACCAGCUGCCAGAAGGACAACCAGAGCACUUGCAGUUUUCCAGCCUGCUCACCGACCGAAUGCUCAAUACAUCAGAAUUUAUCCAUUUCAGAAAUAUUCAAUAAUAAAAGGACUUCAGGAGCUUUACAAACCAAACUGAACCCUGCCGUGAUUUAAAGGAUGUGAAAUUUCAUAUUUUAAAAAGAUUAAAUUGAAUAAAGUUGUGUUCAUAAAUUUG